AUGACAAAUGAAGAAACUGUGUUGUUACCCAACAAUGGUGUCAAGAGGUAUAAUGAUGGAAAUCAAAACACACUUGAUAAUGAUUUAUUUUCAAUUGAACCAACCGAUUCAGAUCUAGUAUCACAACAAAAUACCCACAAAAAUAUACAAACAAAAAGAUUAUUAAAUAAAAGACAUAUUUCAAUGUUAUCAAUUGGUGGAAUAAUAGGAACAGGAUUUUUUUUUGGAAUAAAUUUAACAUUAAUUCAUGGACCAAUAAUAAGUUUAUUAUCAUUCAUAUAUUUAAGUUUUUUAAGUUUCAUUAUUAUACAAUCUGUUGGAGAAAUGUCAUGUUUUACACCAAUUAAUGGAUCAUUAAUUCAAUUUCAAUAUUUAUAUUUAUCUAAUAUUUUGGGAUUCAUGAAUAAUUUUAUAUAUUGGAUAAGUUGGUGUAUAACAUUAAGUUUAGAAUUAAAUUUAAUAUUUGAAAUUUUACAAUUUUGGAAUUUAGAAAAGGUGGUAGGAAUAUUUGAAAAUCAAUUAGUUAUUAUAUUAAUAUUUUGGAUUAUUUUAACUUUAUUUAAUUUAUUUCCUGUUAAUUAUUAUGGAGAAAUUGAAUUUUUUAUAACAUUAUUUAAAGUAGGAUUUAUUUUAAUUUGGAUUCUAUUAAGUAUUGGUUUAAUUUUUAAAACAAAAAUUGGUUUUAAAAAUUGGAAUCAAGAUUUAAUUUGGGGUAUAGAUACUAUCAAAGCUAUAAAAAAUCCCAUAGGUAAUAAAAUUUUAAAUAUUUUAUCAUCAUUAGUUUCUUCAUGUUUUACGUUUCAAUCAAUUGAAUCAAUUGCAUUAUGUUCAGGAGAGAUAAAAAACAUUCAUAAAACAUUACCUAAAACUGUUAAAUAUAUUAUAACAAGAUUAAUUAUAUUUUAUAUAUUAACAUUAUUUUUAUUAACUUUAAUGAUUCCAUGUAAUGAUUCAAAAUUAAUUGGUAACAACCAAAAUAACAUUUUUACAUCACCUUUUUUAAUUGGUUUAAUUAAUUUGGGAUUACCAAUAAAUUCGGUUUUAUUAUCAAUUUUUAAUUUUAUUAUAUUAAUGUCAAUUAUAUCAGCAGCAAAUUCAAAUAUUUAUUUUGGUUCAAGAUGUUUAAUAUCAAUGGUUGAAAAAGGAAUGUUUUGGUCAAAAUUUGGAAAUACUAGUAAAGCUGGUAUACCAUAUAAUGCUGUAUUAUUAACUUCAAUUUUAGGUUUAAUACCUUCUAUAUUAUCAAUUUUUAAAUCAUUUGAUUUCGUAUUCAAGAUUUUAAUUAACUUAUCUGCUACAUCUGGUUUAAUUAUGUGGUUAUUUAUACUGAUAAGUUAUAUAAGAUUUAGAAAAAUAUUACACUACAAUAAACUAGACUACAGAAAUCUACGAUUCAAUUCAUCAUUAAAUAUGAUUUAUUUAUCAUAUAUAUCAAUUAUAAGUAUAAUUAUAAUAAUUUUAGGAAAUGGUAUAUUGAAUCUAUGGAAUUUUAAUUGGGAUUCAUUUUGGAGUUGUUAUUUAACUUCUAUAAUUAUGUUGGUGGGUUGGAUUAUUUUAAGUAUUUUUUGGAAACAACCGUUGGGUUUUAAACCUUUGUCGGAAGUUGAUAUUUGGAUGGAUCAAUCUCCUUUUGCUUUUAAGGAGUAA